AUGUAUGUGAUUGAGAGCAAAACAGCAGCUAUAGGAUGUAUGAUACUUUCGUUAUGUUGUUUGGGAAGUUGGCCUGCGAUUUUGACUCUUUUGGAGAGAAGAGGUCGUCUUCCUCAACAUACUUUUCUUGAUUUCACAACCGCUAACCUCUUGGCCGCGAUCGUGAUCGCAUUUACACUCGGUGAGGUUGGAAAAAGCACGUUUCAAAUGCCUGACUUCACCACUCAGCUCCUUCAAGAUAAUUGGCCGUCGGUGUUGCUUGCGGUCGUUGGCGUUGUGCUUUUAAGCGUUGGGAAUUUAGCGACUCAAUACGCUUUAGCGUUUGUCGGUUUACCGGUUACCGAAGUUAUAACCGCAAGCAUCACCGUUGUCAUUGGAACCACGUUGAAUUAUUUCUUGGACGACAAGAUAAACAGAGCGGAGGUUCUUUUCCCGGGAGUAGGUUGCUUCUUGAUCGCUGUCUUCCUUGGCGCUGCUGUUCACUAUUCUAAUGCAACUGAUGUCAAAGCUAAACUAGAGUCUUUACCUAGCGAGUAUAAAGCUGGGAUACACAGGGAAGGGGAUUUCUAUUCUUCCAUUAAAAAAGGUGAGGACAACCCUGAAAAAGGUUUGUCCUUACCCUUAACAGAGGAAACUGAUCUCGAGUCUCAUGAGCAACCAGUAGAAAAAGCGAAAGCGGGGACGGCAGGAUUCUUUGUAGAGCUAGAGAACAAAAGAGCAAUCAAGGUCUUUGGAAAGAGCACAAUGAUCUGACUCUUUUUAACGCUCUUCGCUGGAACCUGCCUCUCUUUGUUCUCUCCUGCAUUCAACUUGGCAACAAACGGUCAAUGGAGCACAUUGCCAAAAGGCGUGCCUAAGCUUGUUGUCUACACGGCCUUCUUCUACUUCUCCAUCGCGGGUUUUCUCAUCGCUCUGAUUCUAAACCUCAUCUUUCUUUACCGGCCUAUGGCAGGCUUAGCGAGAUCAUCGCUUAAGAAAUAUGUAAAAGACUCUAAAGGUAGAAGUUGGGCUGUUUUUGCUGGCUUCUUGUGUGGGUUUGGUAAUGGUUUGCAGUUUAUGGGAAGUCAAGCUGCUGGAUACGCGGCUGCAGACUCUGUCCAAGCACUACCUCUUGUGAGCACAUUUUGGGGUAUAAUUUUGUUUGGAGAGUAUUGGAGAUCGUCCAGAAGAACUUAUGUACUUCUCGUUAGCAUGUUGCUCAUGUUUGUGGCGGCAGUGGCCAUUCUCAUGGCGUCUUCUGGUCGCCGUGGUCACCGGAAAUGA